AAUUUUACAUAUAAACACAGUUGCACAAGAUGAAAUCAAUGAAAUGCAUCUGCUAAAGGUGUUUCUCUUCAUAGGGCUGAGUUAUGUUGCCACAAAAGGCCAAAAUGGACCCGCCCCUAAAGGGGAUGCGUGCGUGCGGAGGAUUACCACCCAGGUUUCUCGCUAUUUUUGGAAGCUCCAGAGUAGACGGAUCGACUACCGCGAGCGGAACAACAGGAUCUUCGCCGACAUCCCGUUCCCACAGCUGACCACUGUGUACGGAUGGACCAUGACCGGAAAGACGGGGCGGAUCUCACAGGCGCGGGAAGACGGGCGCGGGAUCAUCACGGAGUACAUGGUGCAGUUCCUAGGCAGUGACGGAAACUGGACGUUCAUCAACAACUCCAAGACCGGCAAAGAGAUGUUCACAAACCUCGGAAACAUCGCCAUCCCCGACACCGCCACAAGCGUCACUUUGUCAAACCCCGUCAAGACGCUGGUGCUCCGCGUCAUACCGGAACUGUGGGACGGCGUCCCCUUCAUGAGACUGUCCAUCCAGCACUGCGCAGACACAGUGAUGGCGGAACAGCGACCGAUCCUUCCAAUACAGAUACAACAUAGCUCUGUCAAGAAGAACCUGGAGGACCAAAUAAAGAAUCGAUUAAAGAGCAAGAUAUCCAAAGUGAUGAAAAAAGUAAAGCAGAUGGAGCAGAGGAUUGGCCAUCACAAAGGUCACGGGGUCAAAGACCGAAAAAAGGCGGGAAAGCAUAAGUCGUCUUCGGAGAGGAACAGGGUCAACCAUCGUAAGAAUAAAAGUCGGAGGAAGCACAUUACUCAGCAAAAUACAAGGCAGAAGAAACCGAUAAUAAAAACCCAACAUCAAAAGAGAUCAGAAGUAGAAAAGAAGUCUCUUGAUACCUACGAUAUCGACGUAAGGUUUGGGAGAGGGGAUUAUUUUGGAGAUUUUGGGUACAAGUAUCGACGUGGGCAAAGGGAUGCUCUAAAACGGAAAAACAGUAAGAAGAAGGUAGUACACCAAAGGAAAAAGAGUAAGAGCAGCGGAAAAAAGAAGCAAUCCAGGGCGCAAAAACACAAAACGGCGCAACAUAAGAUCAAGAAUGAAAGCGGCAAAGAGAAAAAGAAACAGUCCAAAGCAAAGAAUCGCAAAAUGGCGCAAAAAAAGAGCAAAGUUAAGAAGAAAUUGCAGCCCAAUACACAUAAACACAGAAAAACACAACAGAACAGCAAGACAAAAGGUGGCCAAAAGACACAGCAAACAAGGAAAUCAAAGACUAGAAACCAUACAAAAAGCUCUGGAAAGAAAUCUCAUAAACUAGUUAAAAACAAGAAACGAAAACAAAAGACUCUUCAAUCUGCUAAAGCCCAAAGAUCUCGACAGCAGAGGAUUGAAGCUAAAACUUUGAGCAGUCUAACAAAAAAUAUUAAGAAAACUGAAAAAAAUUUAAGUACUCUUAAAAAACAACUUCAUACGGUAAACCAAAGGACCCCAAAGAGCAAAUCUCUGGUCAAAGGCAAAAAGAGCAAAGGUCAAGUGUCCCACAAAGGCGGCACGCAAGCCCGUGGCCGGAAACCGACCAACAGUAAACCAGUGGUUCAAGGCCAACAUUCUUCUAAAGGUAAAACACCGGCCCGUAAACCGUACACACCUGACAUCACGCCCUCAAAGAACGUGAAGACAAAGACCGAGAGCAUAGCGCCCGCCAAAACCGCUUCUUCCCAAAAGUUGGUUGAAAUGCAGAGGCUGGAAAAGGAGAAUACUGCUCUCUCCGAGUCUGUCUACGGAUCGUGCCGCCUGAGACCAGUAUGGCGCUACAACAAGGCCAUUUUCAGACCGGCAGACACGUUUUCUACCCUGCGAGACGUCAGACAGGCUUGGCGAGCUAUGUACGGACUAGGCAUACAGCCCUAUUUAUUUCGUAUCCCGGAGAGGUUCCAAAAGUUCAGGAACCAGAAAUACUAUCUAGAAAUAGAGUUCCGAAAAAUCACAAACGUGUUUGGGAUAAAAGUGGCGGGAAGCAGCUCCCAGCUCCAGUGGGGUGCCGUGACCAGGUUCUCUCUCUACCACAAGAGGAAGGACUCGGAGCCGUGGCAGGGUUAUGUGGAUAGACUGAAUCAGCCACGGGUAUUUGAUGUUGGCACCAGAGAAAAAGGAAAUGCGCAUGCUCCAUCGGUGUUUAGACUGGACGUCCCGGUAACAGCCAAGGCAAUCCGAAUAUACCCCGAGAAAUGGGCCUCGGCUCCCAUCAUGAUGGUCGAUCUUAUUACCUGUGAAACUAGUUAUAAACACUGAAAUAAUAUAGUCUACUUUAUUGAAUAUAAUGAAUCAAUCCAACCUCAUAUAGGGCUUCUUUUUCUAUAACUUGAACAUGCAACGGUUAUCUUAGAAUGUGAAAUAUCAACAUGCCGCCUACUCAUUUGAUAAAUAAUAAAUCUGGUUUUUAAAAUCGGCAAACCAUUAACUUAGAUAAGACUUCAGACAACUUUUUAACAUCUUUUUCUAUUUACCAUUAUAAAAGAUGUUUUAAAAGUUGCUAGUUUUUACGAUUUUUAAAUGCAAACACGUUAUGCAAAAUUA